AUGCCAUCGCUCUCGAGCUCCACUCCAACAUCUCAAGGCUAUCUUACAGAUCUCCAAUCGCUCUUUCGUUCCUCCUCAUGGGAUACGCGCAAGGAGUUGCUCCGAUCUCUGAUACUUCGAAGCAAGAGGUUGAAGCUUUUACCUUCUAGGGGCAGAAGCUCGAGUGGGAAUGGGAGAGGCAGAAGAAGGAGACAUGGCCAAAGAGGGGAAGAGGAGGAGGACAGUCCGCUACAGGCUGGGCAGCUACCCUUGAGGAUCAGACCGACUAUCCUGGUAUUGAACGUCUUGGCCUUGCUCGGACUGGCUUUUCUUGGGUGAGUGGUGCAGAAAGUCAUCGAUGAAUUGUCGGCUUGGGGCAAAGGACCUUUGCAGGGGCCUGCCAAUUGCUAACGUUGCAGCCCUGGAGAGAACGGGUCACUUUGGGCAACGGAGGAUUAGCUACCUUUCAAGGCAAAUGCUUUGAUCCGCGCUAGCAGCACAGCGAUACCGGCUCUUGUCACACAAAGUGGAGACUGAUGCAUUAUCGGCAUCUUUCAUCAGAUUUCAUCCACGAGGUGGCGCAUACAUCCCGAUCAACGACAAGCUGCUGCACUUCAUAUGCUUCUUCCUAGCUACAGCUCUGUUCUAUAUGAUCUGGGACGUGGACGAAGUGAGUUGCUGUACUAUUCGUCUGUAUCAAGGUAGCUCUCUACCGCUGACCAUGCUCAUCCUUGCGUCUGCCUGACCGCCUUCCAGGAAGCAAGAAGAGGAUGGAUUUGGCGCAACGCGCCCCUUUUACUCAGCGGAGUAACUUGCUUCUUGGCCGGAGGCAUCGGCUCCGAGUUUGUGCAAGCUAUGCUUCCCGUGAGUACGGAUCACAGCACCUGCGAAGCGUGUACUGACCUGGCUUGCCCCUUUUUUCCCUCCUCGCACUUGAAUGUCACCAUCCGUACAGUACAAGACCUUUCAGUGGGGCGACGGUGAGUACCCAUCCAUUUCCUUCACUGUCAGAUCACGCGAAUGUCAAUGCUGAUAUCCCGCUUGCGAUCAUCAGUGCUAGCCAAUCUUUUGGGUUCUUCUCUGGGGCUUUUCGCCUCGUAUCACUUUGAGCGACGCUUUCGUACCCGACGAGAAAUCGAGAGGUUGUACCAGCCUUUGGAUGUGGAGAUGUACGGCGACAGCUUUUCAGAAGAAUCUCAGUCGGACGAGGACGAAGACAUGCUCAAUCCGGUCGGAUCUAGCCGAGCCAGAGACUCUUCACAGCGACAAGGCUCGAACGGCGAGGAGAGGAGAGGUGCUCUGAAGAAGAGUUCCAAUGAGCCAGCCUCUUCGGAAAGGAGGGUUAGAUUUGGUCAGGACCAAGCGCACAACUUUUGGUCUGACGAUCCGACCUCAGUAUCUGGCGCAUCUUCUUCCAAGCGAGCUGCAUCAACAGCCGAUCUAUUCAGCAUCGAGGACGAGGAUGAGGCGGAAGACGCAGUGCGGGACACUUCGUCUGCGCCUCAUGGCGAUAGUCAGAGCAAGCACUCGGCCGAUGUGGAUGCGUGGAGGGAUACAUAA